CGCUUCCAGGAAAACUCUUUCUUCUCUUCUGCUACGACAUCCCUCCCUUCCCCUUCCCUCUCUCCCCCUCCUUCCAUCCUCUUCCCCUUCACCCUUCCCCAGUCGCCGUCUCCCCAUCCCUCUCCUCCUCCUCCUUCGCUGCGGGUGUCUGGGAGGCUGUUUUUCCUCUGUCUCUCGCUCAUGAAGGGCCGCACUAAGCUCCCUUCUCUCUGCCCAUGUGUGAAGUACAGGUACCAGGAUGAGGAGACGCCCCCCUUGGAGCACAGUCCAGCACAUCUGGCUCCAGGGAAAAGUGCCGAAAUGCUUCACAUGAGCGACAAGAAUCUUGCUGCCAUGGAGGCCAUACAUGGCUACACACCACACACGCAUAUCUCUCCAGUCAAGCCAGUGUUGAUGUCUACGGGACACACUCCAAUGUACACCUCUGCUGUUUCCACGCUGGGAAAUAGUCCGCCUGUGGUAGUGAACACGGACACACUGGAUGGAUCGCCAUAUGUGAAUGGAACAGAAGGGGAAAUCGAGUAUGAAGAAAUUACACUGGAGAGAGUACUGCAGGGGAACUCAGGCCUGGGCUUCAGCAUAGCUGGGGGAACAGACAAUCCCCACGUGGGCGAUGACCCGAGCAUCUUUAUCACCAAAAUCAUACCUGGAGGAGCAGCGGCUCAGGAUGGGCGCCUUAGUGUGAACGACUGCAUACUAUUUGUGAAUGAUGUUGACGUGAGGGAGGUGACGCACAGCCAGGCAGUGGAAGCUCUAAAGGAAGCAGGUGCUAUCGUCCGGCUCUACGUUCUCCGCCGGAAGCCGGCAGCGGAGAAAAUUACUGAGCUCAAGCUUAUCAAAGGGCCUAAAGGUUUAGGUUUCAGUAUUGCUGGAGGAGUGGGAAACCAGCACAUACCAGGGGAUAACAGCAUUUAUGUCACCAAGAUCAUCGAAGGCGGUGCAGCACAUAAAGAUGGACGUCUGCAGAUUGGCGAUAAGAUUUUAGCGGUGAACCACGUGUGUCUGGAAGACGUCAUGCACGAGGAUGCUGUGGGGGCUCUGAAGAACACAGCCGAGGUGGUGUACCUCAGGGUGGCCAAGCCCAACAACCUGUUCCUGACCAACUCCUACAACCCUCCUGACCUCACCAAUACGUAUUCUCACAUGGAUACUGAACUCAGCCACCCUAACUACCUUGGCUCAGAUUACCCACAAGCUCUCACUCCCACCUCGCCUAGUCGCUUUUCGCCUGUUCUGCACGGCAUGAUGGGAGAUGAUGACAUCCCCAGAGAACCUCGCAGGGUUCUGAUCCACCGAGGCUCCACCGGUCUGGGAUUCAACAUCGUUGGAGGGGAAGAUGGAGAGGGGAUUUUUAUCUCUUUCAUCCUGGCAGGAGGGCCAGCUGACCUCAGCGGGGAGCUGCACAAGGGCGAUCAGAUCCUCAGUGUAAAUGGCGUGGACCUGCGUAUGGCCACGCACGAGCAGGCGGCUGCAGCAUUGAAGAAUGCCGGCCAGACGGUAACCAUCAUCGCUCAGUACAGACCAGACGAGUACAGUCGUUUUGAGGCAAAGAUUCACGAUUUGAGGGAGCAGCUGAUGAACAGCAGUAUGGGCUCUGGGACGACCACGUUAAGGAGCAACUCAAAAAGAGGCUUCUACAUCAGGGCUCUAUUUGACUAUGACAAGACAGCAGACUGUGGAUUCCUCAGUCAGGCAGUUGGCUUCAAGUUCGGAGAUGUGCUCCAUGUGUUGGACUGCGGGGACGAGGAGUGGUGGCAGGCGCGCAAGGUCAGCCCCCAGAACGAGGAUGAGGAGGUUGGCUUCAUCCCUAGCAAACACAGGGUGGAAAGAAAAGAGUGGUCUCAUGUCAACACCAAAGAGAGGGAUCAUGGUCGGGACACUUUGGGAAUGCAAGGGAGAGAUAAAACCUCACACAGUUAUGAGACAGUCACCCAAGUGGAAGUUCACUAUGCCAGGCCCAUCAUCAUUCUGGGUCCCGUGAAAGACAGGAUAAAUGAUGACCUGUUGUCUGAGUUCCCUGAUAAGUUCGGCUCGUGUGUCCCACACACCACACGACCCAAGAGGGAGUAUGAAGUGGAUGGGCGGGACUACCACUUUGUGUCAUCGCGUGAACAGAUGGAGAAAGACAUUCAGAGCCAUCGCUUCAUCGAAGCCGGCCAGUACAACAGCCACCUGUACGGCACCAGCGUCCAGAGUGUCCGCGAGGUGGCUGAGCAGCAAGGGAAACAUUGUAUUCUGGACGUGUCGGCCAAUGCUGUACGGCGACUACAAGCCGCUCAGCUUCAUCCUAUCGCCAUCUUCGUCCGGCCUAAGUCACUGGAGAAUGUCUUAGAGAUUAACACUCGCCUGACAGAGGAGCAGGCCAGGAAAGGAAUGGACAGAGCUCUCAAACUAGAACAAGACUUCAUCGAGUGUUUCUCAGCUGUUGUGGAAGGGGACAGCUUCGAAGAGGUCUACCACAAAGUAAAGACAGUGAUCGAGGAGCAAUCAGGGCCUUACAUUUGGAUUCCCACCCGGGAAAGGCUGUGAUGCCCUCCCGUUCUCCAUAAGCCGCCACCAACCGACACCGCCCUACACCGCCCUACACCGCCAAGCCAGCCUCGCCUGCCGGGCCGUCCUCCGCAAAAGUCAGUGCUUUGCUGAAGAAGACAACAAAAACAAAGAUAUGACACAGGAAAAAAGCUGAGAGACAGACACUGAUGUGUAAUUGGACUGGAACGAACCAGUAUUAGCAUUCGUGUUCACACUUGGCAUUAAAACCCCGAAACUUUCAAAGAAGUAGUACCAAACAGCCACUGUGGUUUUUGCUUCGUGGCGCUAUUGAAGACAUAAAUUAGCUUUUUUUGUUAGAUUAAAGCAAACUGCAGAUGCAUUUUGAUGUCAAGUGUGAGCUGGUCCAUGCAGAGAUGAAAAGGAAGUACAGGCUGACCCAGCAGGGAUGGACCCUGAGGUGCCCCCUUUUUAUAUCACCUGUUGGCUUUCUGUCCUCCUAUCAGCUCUGCCUUGGUUUAGGACGGUCAAGGUCCAAACACAGUGCCCAUAUCCUGCUGAGUCCCUCUUAACUCGGAGGGGGGGGGGAAAAAACUCAGUGACGGAUGACCCGUCAAAUACCGCAAUUAUUCUAAGGAAAAUGAUUAUUCGGGGAAGAUAGCUACUAUGCUGAAUUUGUGCAUGCAUUCUCAAAGACAAUGUAAGGAUGGGGCACAAAACACUGUAUGUAAAAAUCCUUUAAAAAAAAAAAAAAGGCAAGCAGGGAAGAGUUUGAAGCAUGUUUUAUGAUGAAAAGGAGCGAUGCGGUCAUGUGACGUGGUCACUUGUGAGUAGAGCAGAAACUGACGCACAUUUUAGCCUCUUAUGUACACACACACACACACACACACGCCUACACACACACUUGUGCACAGACAAAACACACAUAAUGUAACCUCAGCUGCACAGGUGGGAGAGGAUUGGCUCUCUUGCUCACCAAACCCUGGAUGAAUGUUAUCUCUCUGGGCCUGAACGCACCGCCACCGACCGACUCACCCGUCACUCUUCCGAAGCGAUCCCUCAAGCCACAGACAUUCACACUGUUUUCCAGUGGUCGCGCUAAAAGCCAUGGUGUCAUGGUAUUUGUGUGUGAGUGAAUGUGUGUGCGUGUGUGUGUGUGUGUGUGGAAACACCUCUGUGUGGGAGGUACAGGUCUUCUUUUACUCUAUCGCUUUCAGUUCUACUCUGCUUUUUCCCUCUUGUGACCACACCGAUUCAAGCUCAGUCACAAAUAAAUGGUCUAUAUAUAUAAAAAUAUAAAUAUAUACACAUAUAUCUUUUUUAUGACAAUUUCUAACAGGACUAUAGUCUGUAAAAAUAGAAGAAAAGAAAAAAAUCUCCAAACGUAUCCAUUAGUUCCUUUGGUUGAAUUUGCAGUUUGGUUUGAGGAAUUUACUCACACUUCUAUUUUAUUGCAGAGGAUAGCGACAGAAAUGUCAACAAAGUUGACCUCACGUACGUUGGAAAGCAAUGGGGGGAAAGUACAAUGCAGAUGUGUGUGCAUCAAAUGUUGAAAUAUAAAUGAUCCUUUAUGAGAAUAUAUCUCCUAUAUGAUAGCCACAAUCAGUGCUAAUGUGUAAUAAAUACAUGGUGUGUGUGUACGUCCACCAGAGAGAGAGAGGGGGGUGAGACGUGCACAUAAAGAUGUAGUGCAAUGCUGCUAUGAUGUUAUGCAAUGAAGGUUUUGUUUGUCCAGAUAUCAAAUUAUUUAUUGCACUGACGGCAUUGUGUGCCACAGGGUUAAACUAACAAAAAAUAUGCUAAAAAGCAAAAAGGAUUUUAGGGAUUUAUGAGCAUGUUUUGGUGUUGACUUCUUUUUCAUUUUAUUGCUGAAUUCUAAGAGUGGAGGUAUUGAAGUAUCGAUUGAUCGGUCAUAUUUAUUGUUGAUUUUCGCUCACUGGCGGAACAGCUGAAGCUUGUGAAUGACACGUAUCAAUUUUUUGUUUAUUUUUGGAAUUUGUCAGUCUGUAUCAAGUCUGUAUAUUUUUGUAUUAUUUCCCACAUUGAGAGAGUUAUUGGGGUUACUUGCUGUAAAUAUGAUGCCGCGUGGCUUUAGAUUUAGCCGUGGAAACUGAUUUGAUGCAAAGUACUCAAUCCAUCAGCCCAAUAUAUUGACAUUUGCACACACACAAACACACCCACACACACACACACACACACACACAAGGAUUGAAGCACGCAUCCAGUCACAUCCAUGAAUUGAAUAAUGUUUUCUGUUUUUUUUUUUUUUCAUGAUAUCUCUCUCAGCCAUCCAUAUCAUAGUGUGAUAUUCCUUAUUCAAAAAAAAAAGUAUAUUAAUUUUUACAAAAAAGACUGACUAUAACAACACAGAAAAGUAUAUUUAACGAUGACAAUAUCAAGCAAAUUUAAAAUGUUCCAGUUCAGUGAAGCGCUUGUUGUAAAUUAGCUAUGAAAUAAAAAAAUUAAUUUCAAAACUGCUUUCU